GUUUCCUUUCCUGGUCUCUCUGAAGCAAAGGAUCUCCAAAGAGCCUCCUGUCUCCACACUGUGUCUGCUCCACAACUCAGACAAAACAGUUAAUCUUCCAUUUCACACUCAGCUGAGAUCCUACUCUCAGCUUCAGAUACAGGAUAAUGGCAGUGACACCCAGAUUGACCUGGCUUGAAGAAAAGAGUUUACGGAAUCUUCUUGGAAAUGCUUCUCUGAGUCUUCUUUAUAAGGGCAGUGUUCAUGGCUAUGGCAUUGGAGAUAUGUUUCAGAGGUGCAGUCAGCAGGGAUCCACUAUGACAAUGAUUUACCUUCGGGAAGAUACUGUUGGGAUUCUAAUGCUUGGUCAUAUUCCUACUAUAGCUGACGAUUUUGAAAAGGCACACAUUUCCUUCUGUUUUUCACUUCAAAGGAAGGGUACUGUAAUUCAAAUUCCAACUUCAUUUUUCAGUCUAAUGAAAGUUACUAGUGAUUGCCUGGAAUUUUCUUCAUCUGAUGGGCUGAACUUCUCUGUCUAUCCAGAGAAAAAUCUACUUAGUCUACAUCGUUUGUUAGUGAAACAAUUAGGAAUACAAUCUUACCCUUCCUCUCAAUUCUUGGAAUACGAAGUUUUUCGAGUUGAAGGAAUUAAGGAUGAUCCAGACUGCAUAAAGAUGAUGAUGACAGCCACACAGCACAGAAGGAAACUCCUAGCAGACCUCAGAGACUACAAGCCACAUGCAGACUUGGUUUCAAAUAUCCGUAUUCUCCUCCUGGGUCCAGUUGGUUCUGGAAAAUCCAGUUUUUUCAAUUCAGUGAAGUCUGUUUUCCAUGACCACAUAACUCACCAAGCCCCAGUGGGGUCUGAUAACAUUAGUAUUACUGAACAGUACAGGAUGUAUUCUGUUAGAAAUGGAAAAUAUGGACAAUAUCUUCCAUUUACGUUGUGUGAUUCAAUGGGGUUGGAUGAGACAGAUGAUGUCGGACUGUGCCUGGAUGACAUACCCUACAUCUUAAAAGGCUGUGUUCCAGACAGAUAUCAAUUUAAUCCCUGUAAUCCAAUCACACCCAAACAUCCAACCUUCAUCACCUCUCCAUCACUGAAGGACAGGAUUCACUGUGUGGCUUAUGUCUUAGACAUCAACUCUGUUAACAAUCUCUCCUCUAAAAUGGCAGCAAAGCUCAAACAAAUUCAUGAAGAAGUAUUAAACUGUGGUGUAGCACAUGUAGCCUUGUUUACUAAAUUGAAUAAUUGUGAUGAAGUUCUUCAAAACAACCUUUUAAACAUGACAAGAAAGAUGACUUCUCAGAGUCAGGUAAUGUUUAUCAACAAAAUGCUAGGCAUUCCUCUUUCUAAUAUCUUGAUGGUUGGAAAUUAUGCUUCAGAGCAGGAACUGAACCCUGUGAAGGAUGUUCUGAUCCUCUCUGCACUGAGGCAGAUGCUUCGGGCUGCAGAUGACUUCUUGGAGGACUUGCCUGAUGACAGUUGAUAUCAUUCCAUCUGUUCACGGCCUCAGUCCAUCUGUUCAUGGCCUCCUUCAGCCUCUGCUUUUGCUCCCGAUUUGCCUUCUGCCCUUGACAACAUCGAAUGGAUGGUUCCUAGGAUCAGUCACUCCUCAAACCCAUAGGUCAACCCUUGAGAAGUGGUGGCCCAAGAUAUGUCCUAUCACAAACUAUGCUCUGUAUUUCUGAACCAUUUACAAUUUAGUGUCUGUGACAUCUUUCUCAACCUUUCCAUGCAAAAUCCUUACUUAUUCAUCUACAGCACUUUAUUUUACUCUGUAUGAGCGCUGUAUACAUUGAAUACUGAUUAUAAAAUGAUUAGGUAGCUAUCUGCUUUCCUAAAUAGAUUGUGAGUUCUUUGCGAAACAGGAUUUGGGUUUUGUUUGUAUUUGUAUUCCCAGAGCUUAGAGCACAGUCCCUGAUAAUAACAAGCAUACCCAUUGUAACUCUUCUCUCCCAUCCUCUCCAGAGUAACAUAUACUUAAAAUAUUUCUCCAUAUAGAAGGGAAGGCCAAGAGAAUGGAAAGCUGAAGAGAGCAAAUGGAAAUAUCAAAGGGAGAGUUUCACUUGUCUUUGAAUAUUUGAGAUAAUUUUCAUUCACAUGAAAAUAUGAAUGUCUCUAAAUAAUUGAAUAUAAAUUAAAAAGCCUGUAUUUCUUAACAAGUUAGGAUUUUUUCUCUGUGAAAAAAUAAAGUUUCUUCCUC